AUGGGUAACAGUUUAGGCGGCAAGAAAACGACCAAAGUCAUGAAAAUAGACGGCGAGAGUUUCAAACUGAAAACUCCGGUGACGGCGGAGGAGGUCUUGAAAGACUUCCCCGGCCACGUUUUGUUAGACUCCGAAUCCGUCAAGCACUACGGUGCCCGAGCCAAACCACUUGAGGCGAAGCAGAGGUUGGAGGCGAAGCGGCUGUAUUUCGUGGUGGAGCCGGUGAAGGAGUGUCCGCCGAGAAGGGUAAGAUCGGGAAUUCACAUGAGUGCCAAGGAGAGGCUCGAGAACCUCAUGCUUGCCCGAAGAUCCUCUUCCGAUCUCUCCAUACUCAAUCCCAGUGGUGGAUGGACGACGGAGGAGGAAGGAGGAGGAGGAGGAGGAGGAGCGGUGAGGGUGAAAGUGAGAGUUCCCAAGGCGGAGCUACAAAGACUCGUUAAGGAAGGAGCCACCGAAGCGGAGGCUACACAGAAGAUCGCCGCUCUCUUUAUGACCAAACACAACGAAACACCUCAGAACACUCUCCAUAUGAUGAAGGAAACGAGCCCACCGCCACACCCGCCGCCACAAGAGGAGUCAAAUCCCGUCUCAGACGAGUGA